ACCAUCUUCUUCUUCACCAAUGAAGCUCGGAUUUUCAUCUUCCGCCUCUGCGUCGCCGGAUACAGUUGCUGGACCAUCGGCUACAGUUCCUUCGUUUUUGUCCGGAGCGAUUUGGAGUUUAACUGCACCAUCUACUGAUUCCGUUAAUGUGCCUUCUAAAACUACUACUACUCCCUCCUUGCUUUCUGGAUUUUUAUCUAGUGCUUCUUCCGCCUCUCCUUGGGCUGUCUCCGGCGGUACAGUUACCGGAAAGAGUUUCAGUUCAACUGCAGCAUCUACUGGUACUAUGCCUCCUAAAACUUGCACACAUUUCACUUUUUCUCCAAAACCUCGCGAUUCUACUUACUCAUAUUUUGUGUUCUGCAGUGCCUCUGUUUUCGAACGCCAGCUGGUCAACAGAGAUUUCUUCAUCGUCUUCGGUUUCGGAAAUUACUACUACAGUAACUGCCACGUCAGCGUCUUCUCUCUCUGGAAAAGCAUCUGCAUCAACUUCUUCUUCUUCUUCUUCACAACAACAACAACAACAACCGAUCGCCUCUGCAACGGAAUUUGUAACUGUCCCUGAUAGUUGCCCCCCCGAGAAGGACGAGGUUGCUGCAAUUUUGGCAAGGCAACAUGAGAAGUUUUUGUCCUGCCAAGCUGCUAGGCCAGCUCAAGGCAGAGGGGAAAAUGAAAGGCACGCUUGGGUCUUUGGAGCCACGGGGUUUGAAAGUACAAGCUCAAACAAGCCCGUCGGUGAUGCUGCUCAUAUACCUGCUGCUACUGCUGAACAGAAGUAUGGAGAGUCCAAGCCGUGCAGUGUUCCCAGCUCGCAGCCUGCUGGGGAGGAGGAGCCUUACCUUCCACCUGUCAAUCUUCUGGACUCAACAAUCGAUAUGUGGGUACGGGUUGUCGCGAAUAAGAAGACAGAUCAAGAGGUCACUGAAGAGGGGCUUAGUCACUUUUAUGAUGGCAUCAACUAUUUCUGUCUUCUGUCUGAACGCCUUCAAGUAGUCACUGACAAGUAUAACGAGGCGGUAAAAGCCUGUAGGAAGCUCGAGGACUCUGAAAGGGAGAGGCUUGAACAUGAGUUGCAUGGGGCUGCAAACACAAUAACCACUCUCACUGAUGAGAAGGAAUCCCUUUUGCAGGUCCAGAUGAUCCUUCACCAGAAGAUUUUCGAGCUUACAAAGGAAUUGAAGGAGGCCGGUCCUGCUGCUAUCCAGAAAUACAAGGCCUCCUCUUUGUACAGACAGGAACUCAUGGAGUAUGCUGCUCCUUACAUGGGAAAAGGGGUGAAGCUGGCCGUAGAGAAGAUCAAAGCUAAAGACCCCACGUUUGACCCAAAGACCUACGGCCUGGAGAUGUACAUUCUUCCUCCUGAAGCUGAUUACGACGAAUUCUCAUCAAACAAGGAAGGUGAUGGUGGUGUCGAUCAGGAUCAGAAUGAGGUGAAGCCAAGUGCUGCAGCUUGAACAUUUGGUGGAAGGAGCAAGUUUAUGAGAUUUUGUUCAUAGAUGUGUUGUUGACGUAACUGCCGAAGAUGGUAAUGAUCCCCCGAGCUUAGCAUGAAGCUCCUUUUGUUUUACCUAUGCUUAGCCAAUGCUACUUUUUUGGCUACUCUGUCUCUGUAACUAGUAUGUUUUGCUGCUGCAUGGAAAUUUAUGGAGGUGUUAAUAGAGUAUGCAAUGAAUGUGCUAAGAUCAUGUCUCUGCAGUAUAUAAGAUGUUACUUUUGUCUGUGCA